UCCAAAUUUCCAACUGCAGACCAAACGGGUCCUUCAAAAAAACUUCGUCGGAAAAUAGAGGAGAAUCUCGUGCAUUUCUCGAGAAUCUCGUGAAACUGUUAUCGAACGGACCCCUUUGUUUGAAACACCAUGAAACUGAACCCCUCAAAACGAUCUUGAAUCCUCGAGAAUCUCAUGCAUUUCUCAACGAUGGUCAUUCUCUCUUCUUUCUUCUCUCUCACUGCAUUUAGAAAUUAGUUUCCCUCCAUUCCAUCAGCCUAUUUUCCAAUUCACCAUGGUAGCAUUUCUAUGACAGAAGAGAUACCACGUUCCCUGAGGUUCUCAACGUUCAAUCGUUCCUCUCAGGAUGCUUUGUUCCAUCUCUUCUGGUAAAUCUGCUCCGAAUUGGCUGGACCGCCUCCGGUCUUCUAAAGGUUUCCCGGUCGCCGAUGGUCUCGAUCUGGAGCACUUCCUAAACCCUAACCCUAAUCAAACUACUCUUUCAUCUGAAACUAAUGCUUCCUAUGCAACCCAGGAAAUAGGUUAUUCAAAACCCCACCCUGAGUCGACUUCAUUGGACGAAAAACCAGUAGCGGAUCGAAAGAAAAGCAUGGCCGGUCCUGGCGAUCGGAAGAAUCAAGGAAAAGAAGACUGGUUUGGUAUAAUGGGCAAUGUUCUUGCCGAGCUUUUCAACAUGGGAGACUCCGGCGAAUUUCAGAAGAUCAGAGGUUUUGACGAAAAAAGGAGUUGUCGCAAACAGCCAAAUCCUAAGAUUUGUGUUUUCUCUGCAUCUGCCAGCGUUAAUGACAGCUUCUUGGCUGCCGCUCCGAGACUUGAAUCGGUUCCAUCUAUGUCACCUCCGAGUGGUGAUAACAGUGUAACAGAGAUGAAGGAAACAGUUAAUUCGCUGAAGCCCAAGAAGCAGGGAAAGGUCGUUUCUAUAGCUCAUGACGAGGACAAGCUACAGACGGAUCUUUCGACCUACUCGCGUGUCGAAGUAACCAUCAUAGACACGAGCUGUCCAGUUUGGAAAUCUGAGAAGUUGCUUUUCAGAAAGGGGAGUGUAUGGAAAGUCCGUGACAAGAAAUGGAAGUCGAGGAAUGCUUCUUCAUUUAGAAAGAAGAGGAAGGCCAACCAUUCUGAUAAGGAAGCUGGAGGAGGAAAGAAGAAGGGAAAAUUUUUUCUGCCGCUUGUCAAUAUAACCAGGGAAGCAGGUCCGGAAGAAAACAAAGUUCCAUUAGAUGAAUUAUCCUAUCUUGAGCAGGGACCCCCUCAGGAUGAAAAAAAGGCACCCUGUAAAGAGUCGGCGGAUAAUGCUAUCGUAGUUGCUAAAAGAAGGUCCUUCUCCAGGUCACCCAGAAAACCAGCCCACAGAGACUCUCCUGUUUUCCAUGUACAAGCUGUUCCCACAAGCAGGAAAAGUGGUGUUCACCUUCCGAGAAGCCGCCUCAAGGAUACGUAACGAGGACGUGUGAGAGAUUUUACGAGUUCUCUUAAAAUGAUCCAAGAUCCAUAACCAUAAGGAAUCUCCUUUUGAUCAUCAUCCAAGUGGCAAGUGCAACUAGGCAAAUGGGCUAUUCCCCAGAUCCGAUGGUAUAACCGACAAAGUCCCUAAUGGUAUCUGGCUAUCACUGAAAUCUCUAGGUGGUUAAGGAAAAUGCGGAACAACAGGAGGCAGAAGCUAAAACUCGACUCGAGAUCUUGUCAUCUUGUGUCCCUUGAUGGAUGUAACUUGAACGAAUGCAUUAUUUCAAGAAAAAAAAAAGCUGGCAGCUGGUGGCAGCUGAACCUCCUCCCAAAGGACUAACAAAUA